AUAAGAUAAACCCUAGCAAUAUCAUUUUUUGCAACCACAUUUCCUGCAAAAUGUCGUACGGAAACUACUACAAUUACAUGGAAGACAUGGCAUUUCUUGAUUCAAUCAGCAGAAAUUUGCUGGAUGAAUCUCAGAACCCUCUAAUGUUCUCCGGCUCCGACGACGGCGGCCUCCAUGACAUGCUAUUAAUGUACGGCGCCUCCAACAUGGGAUGGCUGCCGCAGCCUUCCGCCGCCGCCGCCGCCGUUCCAGCAAUUGUUGUGAAGACCGAGCCUAUCCCGGAAGUAACGGAGCAGCAAACGGAGAGAGUGACGGCGAGGGGGAGCCACUACAGAGGUGUGAGGCAGCGGCCGUGGGGAAAAUUCGCGGCGGAGAUAAGAGAUCCGUCCAAGAAUGGGGCCCGCGUGUGGCUCGGGACGUACGAGACGGCCGAGGAUGCUGCGUUGGCGUAUGAUCAAGCGGCGUUUUCGAUGCGGGGAUCGAGGGCGCUGCUCAACUUCCCUCUCAGGAUUAACUCCGGGGAGCCGGCGCCGGUGAGGAUUAUGGCGAAGAGGUCGGGGGCAUCGCCCGAUCGGUCCUCGACGUCGUCUUCCGACACCGGAUCGUCGCGGAAGCGGAAGACGGCGGCGGGUGGUAAUGGUGGUGGUGUGAAAAAGGGGCGAGUUGAAGCCGGUUUACAAAUAACGACGUGAAUGUUCUACUUAUUCUUUUCCUAUUUUUCCAAUUUGCAUCAAUAAAAAUUAUUAUUUUAGUUGAAAAUGGACAAACAUGUGUGAUAAUGGGAACAGAGGCUACCAACUUGUAUGCAUGCUUUACGAGAUCGAUGCUUAAUUAUUUAAAAUGAGAGUGGAAAUUGGGUCCUGCGUAAUAAACUUGUCCACAUU